CAUUUCAGUAGUGUGCUUUCGGUGGUCGGUUACGAACCUCUCGCGUUUCACCAUGCCGUCGCUGACGUUAGAAAUCUAAGUGGUUGUGUACAUUUAUUUCUAAAAUUAAAUACCUACGAGACUGUCACGAGGCCAAGUAGGCCUAUUAUGAAAUGUUAUAGACCAUUUUAAUUUACCGUCAUCACGUUGACAAUUUUCGUUCAAAAUUGUAAUUUUUUUUUUCCAUACACAUGUGCUCGUAACAUUUUCACUCGUGAUACACAUCGAGUUCCUCGAAACAGGUUUAAUCAAAACACGUAAUAUAUAUAUAUUCAAAUACACUUUUUAAAAUGGGUGUUGGUCAUUCAAAUAGACAGGAUCGCUCAUGUCCGCUGGAUGGUGAUGUAAACUUUGAUCACUUUGAAAUUUUGCGAGCAAUCGGUAAAGGCAGUUUUGGUAAAGUAUGCAUAGUGGAAAAAAAAAAUUCACGUCAAAUGUACGCAAUGAAGUACAUGCAGAAGAGUCGUUGCAUUGAAAGAGAUGCCUUAAAAAAUGUUCUAAGAGAAAUGGAAAUAUUAACUACGCUUGAACACCCGUUCCUGGUAAAUCUAUGGUUCUCUUUUCAAGACGAGGAAGACCUAUUCAUGGUUUCAGACCUAUUAUUGGGAGGCGACUUAAGGUACCACUUGGGUCAAGACGUCAAAUUCAGUGAAAAUUCAAUAAAACUGUUUGCGUGCGAAAUUGGCUCUGCAUUAGAAUAUCUGCAAAGCGAGCACAUAGUUCACAGGGACAUAAAGCCGGAAAAUAUUUUGCUAGAUGAAGAAGGUCAUGCCCACAUUACCGACUUUAAUAUAGCAGCUACACUACAUGGUAAAAAAUUAGCAUCAUCGUUAUCCGGCACCAAACCGUACAUAGCACCAGAAGUAUACUUAUGUUCUUUGGGCGAAUGCGCUGGAUACUCGUAUCCUGUUGAUUGGUGGUCACUAGGCGUUACACUUUAUGAAGUCAUGUCAAGGUGUCGACCGUACGACAUCCAUUCUGGUACAACGCCUAGGGAAGUUCGGUCAAUGUUGAUGAACUCGACGGCGUCCACCGCAAUACCACCAAAAUGUUCAGAACAAUUGAGCGUAUUAUUUCAAAGACUGUUGUGCAUUAACCCAGAGGAAAGAAUCACUACGGUCAAGAAGCUGAAAUCCAUUCCAUGUAUAAAUCGAUACAAUUUCGGAAUGAUAUUAGAAAAACAAAUCAGGCCACCGUUUACGCCGCCGAAAGAUCGGCUGAACUGUGAUCCAACAUUUGAAUUGGAAGAGAUGAUCGUUGAACCCAACCCAUUACAUCGAAAGCCUAGACGUUUGGCAAAGCAAAGGUCACUCAGAACUUCCAUGACAAUUGAAGACACGGAAACUAGCAGGCAACUUCAACAUUUUAAAUGCUAUAAUCGCGAGAAAGAACUAGAGAGGCGAGAAAUGGAACGCAAAGAACACGACUGGGAGCAGGAACUAAUUAAAGCUAUGAACGCCUCGACAAUACCAGCAAUCGUCCCGGCCAUGGUGACGGACAGGGACGGAGGGGGUGACUUGCUGACUGUGCCCAUUAUGGCGACCGAACGGCGGCGGUCCAGUUGCAAACUAAACAUCUCACCGGUCAGUAUCCAGACUAGACUGUUUUCUGCGCAGGCCGAUACUGGCAGUUGACACAAACACGAGGCACAGGGAAAUUGAAUACCACCGAAAAUCUAUUAAUGAUAAUUAUUUUAUGUAUUGUUGUUAAUUUGUAUUUAUUUUAUUAUAAUAAUAUUAUUGCGUCCUUGUAAUCGUGGUAUGAAACGUAUUAUUGUAAUGUGUGUACCGCCAACUCACAAUCGACGAGUGGACCAAACAGCAACUGCAUCGAUGAUAAUAAUGAUAAUAAUAAAUGCUCGAUCAACAAAACAUACAAAACAUUAUAAUAUUGUCAUUAUGAUAUACUUUAGUGUCCAGAAAUCGUCCUUCAUCACUGUCUAUUCGUUAUAAAUUAUAUUUCUAGGUGUACGGGUACUAACGGAGUUAAACUACCGUGAUUAUCAUUGCUAUAGCUACGAUUUUCGUUUUUCCAUAAGCUAUAAAGCAAUAACGUUAUUAAAAAGCGUUUUAAAACUAUAAUAUAAUAAGUUAUUUAAUUGGGCGAUUAAAAAAUGAUUUUCAUUCGCAGAUGUUGCAAGUGUUUGUUUUCUGAAUAAUUUUUUAUGUAGGUAUAAAGGUACAUAUUAUUAUUAGGAAACAAUUAAAAUGGGUUUAAUACAUCUAAAUAGUAUUUUGUUUAAUUAUAUAUACAUACACACAUACACCCAGUGUGGAUCACAGUGUUUUACCGUUUUUCUAUGUUCACUAUGUAUUAUAUUAUAUUAUAUAGUAUUUUUUACAUUUAAUACGUGUAGUGCAAUAAAAUGUUUAUUUAUUAA